CGCCGGCCGCCGAGGCGAAUGGCAGCCUCGGCCUCCCGCUCCGCCGCCCUGCGCAGCCCGCGCUUGCCGCUCCUGCUGGUGCCCGCGGGAGCCGCCCGGCCCGGCCCGCGCCCGCGCUCCUCGGGGCCGACCGCCAUGCAGCCGCCGCCCGCCGCCCGCGGCUGGCUCACGGGCCUGCGCUUCGACAACCGCGCCCUGCGGGCGCUGCCCGUGGAGGAGCCGCCGCCCGGCGGGGACCCUGCCCCGCGGCCCGUGCCGGGCGCCUGCUUCAGCCGCGUCCGGCCCUCUCCGCUCCGCGAGCCGCGCCUCGUAGCGCUGUCGGCCCCGGCCCUGGCGCUGCUCGGCCUGGGCCCGCCGCCGCCGCCGCCCCCGGGAGCGAGGCCCGAGAGGGAAGAAGAGGAGCAGGAAGAAGAGGAGGAAGAGGCCGGGGCCGGGGCGCCCCGCUCCCGCCGCCGCCGCGCCGGCUCCGGGGCCGAGGCCGAGGUGGAGCUCUACUUCAGCGGCAACGCUCUGCUGCCUGGCUCGGAGCCCGCCGCGCACUGCUACUGCGGCCACCAGUUCGGCAGCUUCGCGGGGCAGCUGGGCGACGGCGCCGCCAUGUACCUGGGCGAGGUGCUGGGCACGGCCGGGCAGCGCUGGGAGUUGCAGCUCAAGGGCGCCGGCCUCACUCCCUUCUCCCGGCAAGCCGAUGGCCGGAAAGUUCUUCGCUCCAGCAUAAGGGAAUUCUUGUGCAGUGAAGCCAUGUUCCACCUGGGCAUCCCCACGACCCGGGCGGGCUCGUGUGUGACCUCGGAGUCCAAGGUGAUCCGCGACAUUUACUAUGAUGGCAACCCCAAAUAUGAGAACUGUGCAGUGGUGCUGCGCAUAGCCUCUACUUUCCUAAGGUUUGGCUCUUUUGAGAUUUUUAAACCUCCAGAUGAACACACAGGGCGGAAAGGCCCUAGUGUGGGCCGGAAUGACAUACGGAUACAAAUGCUUGACUACGUCAUCAGCAGUUUUUACCCAGAAAUCCAGGCUGCCUUUGCAGGAGAUAGCGUGCAGAGGAAUGCAGCCUUUUUCCGGGAGGUCACUCGGCGCACAGCGAGGCUGGUGGCCGACUGGCAGUGCGUGGGCUUCUGCCAUGGCGUGCUUAACACGGACAACAUGAGCAUCGUGGGGCUCACCAUCGAUUACGGGCCCUUCGGAUUCAUGGACAGGUACGACCCCGACCACGUCUGCAACAGCUCCGACACGUCGGGCCGCUACGCGUACAACAAGCAGCCCGAGGUGUGCAAGUGGAACCUUCAGAAGCUGGCCGAGGCCCUGGUGCCCGAGCUGCCCCUGGAGGUCAGCGAGCCCAUCCUCCGAGAGGAGUACGACGCCGAGUUCGAGAAGCACUACCUGCACAAGAUGAGGCGCAAGCUGGGCCUGAUCCGGCUGGAGCUGGAGGAGGACCGGGAGCUGGUGUCGGCCCUUCUGGAGACCAUGCACCUCACAGGGGCGGAUUUCACAAACACGUUCUACUUACUGAGCUCUUUCUCCGUGGCCCCAGAGCCCACCCAGGCAGCCCACUUUCUCGAUCAGCUUGCCCAGCAGUGUGCUUCCUUGGAAGAACUGAAGCUGGCCUUCAGGCCACAGAUGGAUCCCAGGCAGCUCUCUAUGAUGCUUAUGCUGGCUCAGUCCAAUCCUCAGCUCUUUGCUUUAAUUGGAACUAAGGCAAGCAUCACCAAGGAGCUGGAGCGCAUCGAGCAGUCCUCCAAGCUGCAGCACCUGUCCGCCACUGAGCUCAUCGGGCGUAACCGGGAGCGCUGGGAGGCGUGGCUCCAGAGAUACGGAGCCCGCUUGGAAAGAGACAUGCAAAGCGUCAGCAGCGUGACUGCCUGGAGCGUGGAGCGCGUAGGAGUCAUGCAGUCCAGCAACCCCAAGUAUGUCCUGAGGAACUACAUCGCCCAGAACGCCAUCGAAGCUGCGGAACAGGGAGACUUCUCAGAGGUGAGGAGGGUGCUGAAGCUGCUGGAGAAACCUUACAGUGAGCAGCGGGAGGACGAUGUGGACGGGUCCCCGGAGUGCGGGGCGGCAGCCUCAGGCGGUGGCCUGUCCUACAGCAGGAAGCCUCCCCUCUGGGCCGCAGAGCUCUGUGUCACGUGAUCAUCAUAGCUGCCUUGUGGGCAUUUUCCACCUGCCUGGACAGUCUCACAAGGCCCCUCUAGGCACUGCUGAGUCACAAAACGGCCUUUGGUGUCUCAGGUUGGUCCCGCCACACCUCAGCCACCCGAGUGGCUGUUUUUCCAUGAAGGUGGAGACGUCCAGUCAGUCCUGACCUGUCUCUGUCUGAUG